AGCCAAGAAGACAUCAAACGCGCAUUUCGUAGGGCUGCGCUACGCUGGCACCCUGACAAGCAGCAUGGCAAGCGUCAAGCAAGAGAAAAAUUUCAGGCCAUCCGUGUUGCCUACGAUGUGCUGCGUGAUCCAGAUCGCCGUCGCGCGUACGACAGG